CCGGAUUGGCUGCCAAUUCAUUCAUAUUCCAGUACUUUCCCUGUGGAUUGAUUUGGACAGUAGAAGGAGCGAAUGGAAGGAGGAGGAAGGAAAAAGAAACCCAACUAAAAACAGAGUGUGGGAGAAAAGAGAAAAUAUCGAGAAAUCAGCUGUUCUUCCACUUGCUAUUUCGCUCAUAGAUCCUUCUUUUUCCAGUCUCCUCGCCAAAUCCUUUCCUUGUCUUUCUUCUUUCAGGCGAGGCAAUGCCGACUCAAUCCAAACCCCUGCGUUACCUUCUUAAUUCCGGGGAUUCAAUCCCAGCACUCGGCCUCGGCAGCGUUGGAUUCGCCGUGCCCCGGAAUGUGAUCACUGAUGCUAUGCUUCAUGCAAUCAAGAUUGGCUAUCGUCAUAUCGACACGGCGAGCUCUUAUGGGAGUGAGCCAGCGAUUGGUGAUGCGCUGUCAAGAGCUUUUGGCAGUGGCAUCGUCAAGAGAGAGGAGAUGUUUAUCACAUCCAAGCUAUGGUGCGACGAUCACGACCCUGAGGAUGUGAUCCCUGCGUUGCAACGGAGCUUAAAGAAGCUCCAGUUGGAUCACUUGGACCUCUACCUGAUGCAUUUCCCGGUGAAGCUCAAGAAGGGCACUAAGCUCCCGCCAAAGGAGGAGGAGAUCCUCCCGGUGGACAUCCAGAGCACCUGGCGUGAGAUGGAGAAAUGCAUCGGCCUGGGCCUCGCCAAAUCGAUCGGUGUCAGCAACUUCUCCAUCAAGAAGCUCACCGAUUUGCUCAGCUACGCCACAAUCACCCCUGCAGUGGAUCAAGUGGAGAUGCAUCCGGUUUGGCAGCAGCGACAUCUUCGUGAAUUUUGCAGCUCCAAGGGGAUUCACGUCAGUGCAUGGUCACCCCUUGCUGCGCCAGGCACGUACUACGGCACCACAGAAGUGAUUCAACACCCUGUGAUCAAUGCUAUAGCUUUCAAGCUCGGCAAAACUCCAGCCCAGGUUGCUCUGCGAUGGGGGGUCCAGAAUGGGGCGAGUGUUCUUCCCAAGAGUUUUAAUCCCUCGCGGAUUGAGGAGAACUUUGACGUGUUUGGGUGGGAUUUGAGUGAGCAACACAUGCGGGAUCUCCAGGAGAUCAGCCAGCGGCGAACGAAUACGUGCUGGUUCUUUUGCAAUGCCACCAAUGGCCCUUACAAAACCCUCCAAGAUCUCUGGGACGAUGAAUCCUAGGGUUUAUAAAUCAACACCACCUUUAAUUUUGUAAAUUAUAUGAAUAUUCCAUG